UUCAUCUGCCCUGUUUGAUCGGUUUUGGUCUGCCGGUGGAGAUGGAGGAUGUGGGAGCGCUGGGCGGUUUCCAGGAGCGGGUGAAGUCUUUGCUCGGGUCGCUGCUGGAGGUUUUGUUGGUUGAAAUCACAGAGGCGUUCAGAGAGAGUUUAACACACAACAUGUGCAUGAAACACUGUGAGGAGUGCACCCGUAGAAAUUCACCUGGGAUUAAUCGCAACGAGGGGAACCUGGACAGGGAAGAUUUAGCGGAUGAGUCACUGAAAUUAAUGGGCUUGCAAUGCAGUAACGCAGUAAUUCUUCUGCAGAUGACACCCAGUGAAUCUAAAGAGCUGGAAGGUGUCCCGAACCAGUGUACCACCCCAAACAAUCUCAGUCCACUUCCUGUAUUAACUGCACUGUCAGAACAGAAAGAAAUGCAGUUAUCCACCGAAGACGAGAAGGCACUGUACACUACAGUAGCAUUGGAUGAUGCUGAAAGACAGACCUCUCCAGAGAUUUUGACCGUGCUCGUAAAACAGCCAGAGGAAGCAGAAACCCACAUUCUCACAAGACCCGUGACUGCUUCCGUUGCGUUCGACACUCCAGACUGGAUAAUGCCCACAGAAGACAUUAAAAUAGAAAAUACUGACAGGCCUGUAACUGCAAAUGAAGAUGUCACACUGCCGAUGCUGAAGGACAAUAAUGAAGAACAGGAAAUUAGACCUUUAGUGGAGGUUCAAUCUUGCAAAAACCCAGUACAAAAUCCAGAAGCUGAGAAUCCGGUGGAAAGUGAAGCUCAGCUGACGACUGGAGAGAAUGAGCUCUCUGAACCAGAAGAGUCAACCCUGGUCAGGUCUCUUGGAUUCCAACAGAAAAGUCAGGGGUCUACCCAUGGGAGUUGCUCGGUAAAACUCCAAAGGGUCCAGAUACUUCAGAGACCCGUCAGCGUCUCGAGACGGUUCCACGUUUGCAGCUAUUGCACCAAAAUCUUCAGGUUCAAGAAAACUCUAAGGAGGCAUAAACGCCUUCACACCGGCGAGAGACCGCACUGCUGCUCGCUCUGCCCCAAGGCCUUUAUCCUGCAUGAAACCCUCCGCAGACACGAGAAAGCACACUUCAGCAGACCGUACAACUGCACUCAAUGUGACAAGCGAUUCAAACACUGGAAAAAACUUCGCAAUCACUGGCACUUCCAUGAUGGAGAGAGUCCGUUUGUGUGUUCCCGUUGUGGGAAACAUUGCAAGACACUGAGAAGCCUCGAUUGUCACCUGGCUUACUUUGAUCAUGACAUCUCACUAAAAAAUCAAGGGAACUAAUUUGUUACCGUACAAAAAAGCUGUGAGGGCAUAUCUUAUGUUUUCUAUUAUUGUGCAUUUGAGUUUGUGUUACUGUAGCAUAUUUGUUUGUUUGGCUCUUUUUAGUAUGAACAUGCAAUUAUAAAGUGUCUCAUCUAAAUAAUUUGUAAGUGCUCUUGAUAUGACUAUUAAUUAUUUUCCUUAAUUGACAAGUAACAAAAAUCCUGUCAAUA